UCGUGAGGCGGCCCCGGAGAGGCCUCGGGGCUCCCGAGUUGCCGCCCCGCCGGGAGUGCGCCUGCGCAGUCGCCGGGCUCCCCAUCUCCACUUCCCUCCCCCUGGCCCCCGCGGGGGCUCCUGGCCCGGCGGGACCAUGUUCACCAGCACCGGCUCCAGUGGGCUUUACAAGGCACCUCUGUCGAAGAGUCUUCUGCUGGUCCCCAGUGCCCUGUCCCUCCUGCUGGCCCUCCUCCUGCCUCACUGUCAGAAGUUCUUUGUGUAUGACCUUCACGCGGUCAAGCACGACUUCCAGAUUUGGAGGUUGAUAUGUGGAAGAAUAAUUUGCCUUGAUUUGAAAGAUACUUUCUGCAGUAGUCUGCUUAUUUAUAAUUUUAGGAUAUUUGAAAGAAGAUAUGGAAGCAGAAAAUUUGCAUCCUUUUUGCUGGGUUCCUGGGUUUUGUCAGCCUUGUUUGACUUUAUCCUUGUUGAAAUGAUGCACUAUUCAUUUGGUAUCACUGCAGCCAGUAAUUUGCCUUCAGGAUUCCUGGCACCUGUGUUUGCUCUGUUUGUACCAUUUUACUGCUCCAUACCGAGAGUCCAAGUGGCACAAAUUCUGGGCCCGUUGUCCAUCACAAACAAGACAUUGAUUUAUAUAUUGGGACUACAGCUUUUCACCUCUGGUUCCUACAUCUGGAUUGUAGCCAUAAGUGGACUUAUUUCUGGUAUGUGCUACGAUAGCAAAAUGUUCCAAGUUCAUCAGGUGCUCUGCAUCCCCACCUGGAUGGCAAAGUUCUUUUCGUGGACACUGGAACCCAUCUUCUCAUCUUCAGAACCCACUGGUGAAGCCAGAAUUGGGAUGGGAGCCACAGUGGACAUCCAGAGACAGCAGAGGAUGGAGCUGCUCGACCGGCAGCUGAUGUUCUCUCAGUUUGCACAGGGAAGGCAGCAAAGGCAGCCACAGGGAGGAAUGAUCAACUGGAAUCGUCUUUUCCCUCCUUUACGUCAGCGACGAAAUAUAAACUAUCAGGAUGGUCGACAGUCUGAACAAGCAGCCUCCCCUCCUCUAGAGGUUUCUGAGGAGCAGGUUGCCCGGCUCAUGGAGAUGGGGUUUUCCAGAGGUGAUGCUUUGGAAGCCCUGAGAGCUUCAAAUAAUGACCUCAACGUGGCCACCAACUUCCUGCUGCAGCACUGAUGGUCUGAGGCCAACACUGGGACCAGCCCAGCUGCUGAAUGACAGGGGCAUGGCCCUGCCACCAAAUCAGCCUGGAGGACCAGGCACCUCUGGCACUGAUGUGCUCGUGGGGAGAGGGUGGUCCACCCCUGCCCUUUACUCCAAGAUCGUUACUGUUAUAGUAUCAAAAUAAGUUUGCCUUUAAAUUAGCAUGUAUUUUCUAUCUUUAUUUUUUUAUUGGGCAUUUUCCCUAGUUUGGAGAAUCAUCACUCAUUCCUAAUGUGUUGAAAAUGCGUUAAAAUUGCGGAUUCCUGCCGACGGUUGAGCAGCACUCCGGAUGGGGAAUUGCUGCCGUGGCAAUCUCCCUACUGCCACGCGUCAUCCUGCACACCGCCUGGUUGUGAUCAUCAAGACGGGGAGAGCAGAACGUUAUUUCGGAAAGGACAUGUCAGAUCAUUCUUGAUGGACUUUUUUUUAUCUCUUUCUUUUCCUCAAACGUGUUUUCAAAUCCCGGUGGCUGGUCAGUGUCCACACUUCCAGGGGCUGAGGGAGGAACGGGGAGCUAACUCCCAUUCCAGGCUGCUCCGGCCCAGGGGACUUGUCCCAGUUCCUUCUCCCCACACCUAUUAAAAAAUGGUAAUCAAGUACCGAUUUAAGGUUCUGGAAUUCUCCAUGAAAAUUAACUGGGGUAAUUUGCUCAGAAUAUCCAGUUAGCCACUCAGGUAGGGGUGAAAUGGGACAGAGAGAGCAGUAGGCUUCUGGAGCCAUGCGGCUGACUAGAGAGCACAGUGCAGGCUCAGCCCUAGAAGAGAGACGGUCCCUUGCUCACCCCAUCCCCACUACAGGCUCACAGCCAGUCCCUCUGGCAGCUGCUUCUCCCCGAGCCCUGGGCCUUGACCCCACAUGGCGGGAGGCAGAGCAGACUGUGGAGGGCGGGGUGGACCAUCAUAAGCACGAAAAGAUCCGAAGCGAGUUGACUGUUAGGAUGUGAGGAAAUUGUGCAACUGUUAUGUUCUGCAAAAUGGGCAGCAGUGUAUCAAAUUGAUGCGAAUUUAGAU